AUGGAGGCCGGAGAGGAGCCGCUGCUGCUGGCCGAACUCAAGCCCGGGCGCCCCCACCAAUUUGAUUGGAAGUCUAGCUGUGAAACGUGGAGUGUUGCCUUCUCCCCGGAUGGGUCCUGGUUCGCCUGGUCUCAAGGACACUGCAUUGUGAAGCUGAUCCCCUGGCCGCUGGAGGAGCAGUUCAUCCCUAAAGGGUUCGAAGCCAAAAGCCGAAGCAGCAAAAAUGAGACAAAAGGGCGAGGCAGCCCAAAGGAGAAGACACUGGACUGUGGGCAGAUUGUCUGGGGCUUGGCCUUCAGCCCAUGGCCUUCUCCACCCAGCAAGAAACUCUGGGCUCGCCACCAUCCGCAGGUGCCAGAUGUCUCUUGCCUGAUCCUUGCUACUGGACUCAACGAUGGGCAGAUCAAGAUUUGGGAGGUACAGACAGGGCUCCUGCUUUUGAAUCUUUCCGGCCACCAGGAUGUCGUGAGAGAUCUGAGCUUCACACCCAGUGGCAGUUUGAUACUGGUUUCUGCAUCUCGGGAUAAGACUCUUCGCAUCUGGGACCUGAAUAAACAUGGUAAACAGAUUCAGGUGUUAUCGGGCCACCUGCAGUGGGUUUACUGCUGCUCCAUCUCACCAGACUGCAGCAUGCUAUGUUCCGCGGCCGGAGAGAAAUCGGUCUUUCUGUGGAGCAUGCGUUCCUACACGUUGAUCCGGAAGCUGGAGGGCCACCAGAGCAGCGUGGUGUCCUGUGACUUCUCCCCCGACUCUGCCUUGCUCGUCACGGCUUCUUACGACACCAGUGUGAUCAUGUGGGACCCCUAUACCGGCGAGCGGCUGCGCUCACUCCACCACACCCAGCUCAACCCCCCCAUGGAUGACAGCGACGUCCACAUCAGCUCCCUGAGAUCUGUGUGCUUCUCCCCCGAAGGCUUGUACCUCGCCACGGUGGCAGAUGACAGGCUCCUCAGGAUCUGGGCCUUGGAACUGAAGACUCCAAUUGCAUUUGCUCCUAUGACCAAUGGUCUUUGCUGCACAUUUUUUCCACAUGGUGGAGUUAUUGCCACAGGGACAAGGGAUGGCCACGUCCAGUUCUGGACGGCUCCUCGGGUCCUGUCAUCACUGAAGCACUUAUGCCGGAAAGCCCUUCGAAGUUUCCUCACGACAUACCAAGUGCUAGCACUGCCAAUCCCCAAGAAGAUGAAAGAGUUCCUCACGUACAGGACUUUCUAA